AAAUAGUUUCCUAUUCAAAUAAAAUAAAUAACAAAACAUAUGAACGUUAGCUUUUUUUCAAUUAUAUACUUGGAAAUACAUAAUAUACAUACAGACAUAUGUAUAUAAAACAGAAAUACAUAUAAACUGCAAAUGUACAUGUAGUACGUAAAGCAACAAUAACAACAACAAAAAUAUUAGUUAAGUAUUUGAGUGGAGAAAAAAAAUUAUAAAUAAAUAACAACAACAAAAAAAAUACAAAAAUAGUAACAUAGAUUCACCUUGAAAUCGUUUUGUGUUCACUUUGAAGUGCAGUUGACGUUUGGGAGCUUAGAAAGAAAAAAAAAUACAACAAAAAACAUAUAUAUAUAUAUAAUACAACAACAAAAACAACAAUAACAUUAUAAGCAAAACAGGAGGAGUAGCAGAAAUUAAUAAAUAAAACUACAAAACCAGUAGAUUUGAAAUUUUUAUAUAAAAACUUUUUUUCAAAUCUAACAGAAAUUAUAAAAAAACUACCUCAUUUUGUAUCUAGCUAUAAUAAUAUAUAUAAAAAACAAAUACAAUAAAUAUAUGUAUACAUACAACAACAACCAACUUUAAAAACUCAUAUAUCAGCUGAAUAAAAACAACAACAACAACUAUAACUUAACUGCAUUAAACCAGGAAAAAAAAGCAUACAACACGAAAUAAAACUCCUCUGGGUCUGACUAAUCUUUUUUAUGAAUUACUCAUACUUUUUUACAUACAACUACAACAGCAACAACAACAACCAAAACGUUUAGUUUCAAUACUCUACAACACUGCCAAGGAGACUUCUUUUUAAAAAAAACAGUUGUUGGUGUUUUCUUACACACUCACUAAACUAUUUUGCUAAAUUAACAAAAAAAAAAUCGCAGAAUUUUUAGAAUAACAAAAUCAGUUUUUAACAACGUGUUGUCAACGUCUCUGAAUGAGUGAUUAUGAAUUUUGAACUUCGAGACUUAAAAUCAACAUUACAACAACAAGAAAAACAAAAAUUUUUUCAAAAUUUUUAAAGAAAAAUUGUUAAGGAAAUUAAAUUGAACAUGAUUUGUGAAUUAUUUGGUUUAAAUGAUUUUAAAGAAGACGUAGAAGAUUUAGUUGAGAUACCAAUAACAACCUCAACAACAGCAGCAGUGACAGUGACAGCCGGAGCAACAACAACAACAACAACGACGGCUGAAAUUACCAUAAAUCCCUAUAUGAUCACGGAUUUGGAACAAUCUUUAAUCGAGGAAUUAAUCGAAGAAAAUUUUAAUGAAAUUAUAGAAGAAGACGAAGAACACGAACAAGAAGAAUUUGAAAAUAAAUACAAUAUAAGAGAACAGCAACAGCAGCAGCAGCAACAACAACAGCAACAGCCAGAAGUAGUUAAUGUUAAAGAUAUAAUAUUAACAGCAGCAGAAGAAGAGGAAAACGAAAACGAAGAAGAAUUAAUACUAAAUUCUUAUACAUAUGAAGAAGCAUUGCUACAACAACAGCAACAACAACAAGAAAUAAUACAAUAUAAGGAAAAUUUAAAAAAAGCAAAAACUACUAAUACUACAGCAACAGCAGCAAAAAAAUUUAAAAAAACUUUAGCCGCGACUGCAAAUAUUACUCAUAAUCAACUUACAGCUGGUGGUAACAUAUGUACAAUAAAAACAACAAAAACUAAAUACAACAAAAACAGCAAGAACAACAACAGCAGCAGCAGCAGUAGUAGUAAUAAAACUUGUACCACCAACAGCAACAACCAUCACAAUAUUUUCAAUAUUAACAGCAACAGUAACAGUAGUAAUACAAGCAAUAGCAGCAGUACUAGCAACAUUAGCAACACAACCAAUAACAGUAGUGUUAGUACGAAUAGCAACAUUAGCAACAGCAACAAUAGUAAUAGCAAUUUAAAUACAAUUGCAACAAAAACGCUUAAUGUCGAUGAUAAAAUCAAUAUAAAUUUUGAAAAUAAUUUAAAUUUUAUAAAUUUUAAUAAAAACUUUAACAACAAUAACAACAACAACAGCAAUAAUAAUAAUAACAACAACACAAACAUAAUAAAUCAAAAUUUAUAUCAACAUAACAACAACAAAUCUACACAAAUUAUAAAUAAAAUGGAACAACAAUUGCAACAACAACAGCAUCAAUUACAAAUGCAACAUCAACAACAACAGCAGCAACAACAACAUUCUGUUUUCGGCUCAGAACGUGUUAAUUUGAACUCAAGUACCCCCUAUUCAGAUGCCACACAAACGAAGAAACAUUCACCCGGUCACAUUAAACGACCCAUGAACGCAUUUAUGGUCUGGAGUCAAAUGGAGCGUAGAAAGAUUUGCGAAAAGACUCCGGAUCUACACAAUGCCGAGAUCUCAAAGGAAUUGGGCCGCAGAUGGCAACAGUUGAGCAAAGAGGAGAAACAGCCCUAUAUUAUUGAGGCGGAAAAGUUGCGCAAACUACACAUGAUCGAGUAUCCCAACUAUAAAUAUCGACCACAAAAGAAACUCUCCAGGGCCAAUUCGGCUGGUGGCAAAAGUGCCAAUGGCGAUAGUCAUAACGAUAGCAACACUGAAUUGAAUUCCUCUUCCUCCUCCACCAAUUCGCAAAGAUCGCAAAACUCUGCCAGCACCACCGGCUCCAAGGCAACACGUAAAACCAAAAGGAAUUCCACCAGCAGCACAACUACCAAUUCCCUCAACUAUCCCGGCAAUACGCAAUCACCACCGUUUAAGAAACAAAGACACAACAGUACCAAAUCUCUUAAUCUCAGUACAGAUUAUGAAGAUGAUGAUGUAAUAACUACGGCCAAUUUGGAUAUUGACAGUAGUUAUUUGAAUGCAACAGCGACUGCUGGCAGUGAUUACAAUACAAUUACCUCAAGCAAUUUUUACACCUCAGACGAUCUGAAUUCGGAUCUUAAUAAGAAUGUGAUGCUACAUGUUACCAAUAUGGAUGACAAUCAACAACAACAACAAAGACUUCCAGGUUUGGCGAGUCUAACGGCUGGUACGUUACACUUCAAAACCGAAACGGAUAACAACAAGUAUGAUGAUAGUUUUUUGAAAUUAGUGAAUCCUGAUAGCUAUUUUGAAAAUUCAAUAGAAUUGAAAGAAACAGACUGUGAUGGCUUAACGGAUGUUUGUCCUAAAUUAGGCCAAUUGAUAACAUUGAUAAAUCCUUCCACGGACCUGCAUACUACUACAACGUCCAAUAACAAUAACAACAACACUCACCACCAGCAACACAGCCAACAGCAGCAGCACCAUCAACAACAGCAACAACAACAACGUUAUGUAACUGAUCUCAUUGAUGAUAAUGGCGGUGGCAGCAUUGUUAACAAUGAUGCCAAUUUGCAUCCAGCCAGUCAGCAGUAUUCAAAUCUUAAAUUCUCACUCCUUAACUGCGAUAAUCUUAACAAUGCCGACCUGCAGUCAACUGCCCAUACAUCUAGUAAUUUAUUUAAAUGUGAUGAUAUUUUUAGAAUGGACGAUGAAUCGUCCCAACAGCAAACGGACCACCACCACGAAUGUUUCACCACACUCUCAUGCACAAGUGCUAAUUGUAAAAAUAACAAUUGCAACAACAACACCAACACCAACAAAAACCAAAAUCAACAGAAUAGUGCUAAAGACAACGCCAAUCUACAGCAACAACACCAACAACAACAACAGCACAGCCAUCAUCAUCAGCAUCACCACCACCAUCAACAUCAUUUAAACAGCAAUGGUGGUGGCGGGGGGGCCGGCGAUGGCAACAAUGACUCGACACAAAUGUUCUCUAUACCUCCACAGCAGACGGUAACAAUGAACAUAGAAAUACACAACAGCCUUGGACACUGCGUAAAUAAGGAUGACUCAGCAACAUUCCAUCUAGACGAUAAUAUUGCCAACGCCACAUCCUCCACCUCUAUGCCCACCACGGUAACAAUACCAUCCUGCUCGAGCGAUGAGUGUUGCAUGCUUAGCCAGCAUUCAGCCCAUCACCACUCACCACACAUGGGUUUCUGUGGCCAUUCGGCCUUUGCUGGUACCUCUGUGGAGGCAACAGUUAGUAGUAUUUUCAAUCCCGAUCACAAUUGUGAUUCGGAGGCUAUCAUUUCGGCGGGCCACCAACAAAAUGAUCUCAACUAUACGACAUUUGAUACAAAUCGUGCACUUUUCGAUUUUGCUCAUGAUGAUUUACCACCAUCUCAAUCUAUAAGUAGCCAUUUAGAAUUUAAUUAUAGAUUCUAGUUUCCAAAACUGAAUUAAAUACUAAAUAUUUGAAAAA